UGUCUAUCUCCCUUAAAAAAAAAAAACAAAUGAAACAAACCAAGCUCAAAUUAUGUUUCUUAACAGUUAAGAACAAAACAAAUUCUGUUUCCUCCCCGUUAAAGCAAAGCAUCACCGGUGUCUUCUUCUAAUCUUAAAUCUGCAUACCCACAGUACCCUUACACGCUCCCUUUAUUAUUCACUCUGGUACAUUUUCUUCGCUUUUAACUCAAGGUCAUCACCGUCAUUUCACCACCUUCACCUCUACAACAAUAAUCCAUCACCAUUCAUUCUACUCGACACCGUUUCACUCAUCACCACCACCGUCGCAGUUUCAGUUUCAGUUUCACAUCGCGAAUUUAAUUUCCAAUUUUACCCUUCACAAUCUCUCUCCAAUCUCCAAUUCUCACCAAUUUUCGUCGAUCUUCUUCAAGUGGAACCCUAAAAUUGAUUCAAUUAGGGUUUUCGUGUGAUUUGUGAAUUGAAGGUUUUGAUAAAUUUGAUAAUGGCGGAUCAAGGAGAAGAUGAGGAUUUGCAAAUGGCGAUUCGGAUGAGUAUGACGCCGGAGCCAAAGCGGAAUAAACCGAGAGACGAAGUUGCUGGUGUUGUUUCGGGGUUGCCGGAGGAUUCACCGGAAUCUAAGACGCGGAGACGGGAGCUUAUGGCUGCGGCUGCUGAGAAGCGGAUGGCAGCGGUUGUUAGGGUUUCUCCUUUGCCUUCACGUUUACCGGCUUCACCGUCGCCGGCAGUUAAAGAAGAGAAGAAGGGUGGGGAAGUUGGAAUUGUAAAGAGGGAAGAGGAGUUGGUUUUCAAAGGUGAAAGCUUUAGUAAGGAACUUUCUGCGGAAGAAGCUAAUAAAUUGUUUGUUAUGGUGUUUGGAAGUGAAGUUUCGAAGGGCAUUCUAGCACAAUGGUGUAACCAAGGAAUAAGGUUUAGCUCUGAUCCUGAAACAUCAAUGGGCCUAGUGCAGCAUGAAGGAGGCCCCUGUGGCGUUUUGGCAACUAUACAGGCAUUCGUGCUCAAAUAUAUUAUUUUCUUCAGCGAUGAAUUGAAAGAAUUGUCACGCAUGCCACAGAAUCGAGGUCUGGGUGUGUCAAGUAAAAGUCACCCAGCUCCAUCAUAUAAUAUUUCGUCACUCACUGAUGGUGUAAAAGUAAGAGCCCUGGUAAGAAGUAUGGGUGAAAUUUUAUUUUCAUGUGGAAAUAAUAAAAGGGCUGUGAUUGCAACUUUGAGCAUUCCAGGGAAUGAUAGUCAACGUUUUGAAGGAAUCUCAGAGGAGGAGCAGGUUAUUGCAAGCUCACUUAAAGCUCUUUCUAUUGAUUCUGCCUUGGAUUUGCUGAAAGUUCUUAGAGUUGAAACACACACAUCAGAAACAACUGCUUUACAGAGGCUUGAAGCAAAUAUUCCUUUAUUCCAAAGUCGUAUGGGGGCAUUGCUUUUCCUAAUCUCUGCUUUACUUUCUCGCGGACUGGAUUUGGUUCAAAGUGACAGGGAUGAUCCCAGCCUACCAUUGGUUACUGCUCCUUUUGGGCAUGCCUCCCAGGAAAUUGUAAACCUGCUACUCUGUGGGCAGGCUGUCCCUAAUGUAUUUGAUGGAAGGAUGGAUUUGGGUGGGGGAAUGUUUCUAAAAGGUAUAUCCCGAACUGUGGAAGUUGGAUUUCUCACCCUGCUUGAGUCCCUGAAUUUCUGCAAGGUUGGUCAGUUUCUGAAAACCCCAAAAUGGCCUAUAUGGGUUGUUGGGAGUGAAUCCCAUUACACAGUGUUGUUUGCUCUUGAUCCCACCGUUCAAAAUGAGAAUGAACUGGAAGGAAGGGAGACACAGAUUCGCAAAGCUUUUGAUGCCCAAGAUCAAAGUGGAGGUGGCGGCUUCAUUAGUGUUGAGGGGUUCCAUCAAGUCAUCAGAGAAACAAAUAUCAAACUUCCGGCAGAUAAGCUAGAUAACCUUUGCAGUGCAGGGUUCAUUGUAUGGAGUGAAUUCUGGCAGGUAAUUUUGGACCUGGACAAAAGCUUGGGAGGUUUGAAAGAUUCAUCAGGAUUGAUGGGUAAGAAGGUCUUUGACCUUUUCCAUUUUAAUGGGAUUGCUAAAUCAGAUUUGAAUGGCAGUCAAGUAAGUUUUGGGGGUGAAACUCCACUGCAAAGACCCAGGCUCACAAAAUUAAGCGUCUCAGUUCCCCCAAGGUGGACACCUGAGGAAUUUAUGACAAAUGUGCAAGGUCCAUCUGCUUCCGGUGCAAGUGACUCUGCUGGGAAGGACACAGAAGUAUCUAAACCAGAGCCUACUCAGCAUGCGCCUUUGGUUGACUGCAUAAGAACACGCUGGGCCCGUGCUGUCUGCAGCUGGUCAGGUGAUCCUCCUAGUAUAGUCUGAAAGACUUCAUUUAGAGUAAUUUAUUCUGUUUAAGUGGGUUGAGCUGGGAAAUGGAAAACACAGUUGGUUCAACAAAGCCAUCGUGAAAAGAGGCGAUGAAGCUUCUAUGUUUGACUUUGAUAUAUGGUACCUUGAGGCACAUGAAAAUAAGGAGGGGGUCAAAUCUCCAGAUUUUUUUCUCCAAUAUUUGGGAAGCCAAUAUAUGAUGUGGAUUAAUGUAUUUUCAGUUUUCUCUUCGAUUUUGUCAUUACAUUCAGAGAGUAUGGGGAAGAGGGUGUGUGGUGAUAUUUAUCUAUCUUCAUGCCUCCUACUUGUGUAAAAUUAAUUUAAAUGUAUUAUUGUCAAUAGGAUGGGUUUUAGUGGUUGGGGUUUAUUAUUAAUAAACAUGGAUUUUAUUCUUGUUUCUAACUUUGUUGUAAUAUAGUAUAUUAUCGAGCUUGGCUUCUGAAUUGAGGAAAUGAGUAUUUCAUAAUGAUAUUUUUCCUCCCUCUUGAGGAACA